GCGGGACAUUCGGUUUACUCUCAGCGGAAUUGACCGGAGAAGGCAUCAGUUCAUGCAUUGCACUGGCCUGCACCACGAUUAGUAUAAGAGAACGCUACAGGUGGACAGUCCUCAAAACGUGGUUCCAGUGACGCUGCAGCAUCUGGUGGAUGUACAAUGGCAGACGGAGAGCAUUUUGUGGAUAAACACAGCGUCCAGCUGAUCCAGGGAGUGAGCAACAUCGCACCCAUUUUGGAUGAGCUCCUAGACAAAGAAGUUAUCGACCAAGAACAAUAUGACAAAAUUAGAGCUCUGCCUACCUCUCAGGACAGGAUGAGGGAGCUCUAUAGUGGUCCCCUGAAAGCUGGUGCAGCCUACAAAGACAUCUUCCAUCAAAUCCUUUUGGCAAAUGAGAAAUUUCUCGUUAAUGAGCUCCGAGCUGCAGGAUCCUCAGUGGGAGCAGCUGCUGUCAGCUUUCUGUCGGCUGCUGCAGGAUCAUCAGCUGAAGGAUUUGAUGUGGAGGAAACAGAGAAAGAGAAACACUCUGAGGAUGAACGUUGGCCUGCACUGAUCCACAAAGUAGAAACGAUGGAGUCUGUUAUUGAGCUGCUGCUGGAAGCUCUGGAUGGUCUCAAUGAGCCGGAGCUGCAUGACUUCAACUGGACCCUGCGACAAAUUCAUCGCAAAUAUUACUCAGACUUCUCAUGGAUGUGGUACAUGAGGACAAACCUGCAGCACACAGUGUUUCUGAUGGUGCAGACUUACGGCCAACAGUCAGUGGAGAAGACCAUGGAGGUCUUAAAGGAGAUGAAGAGGACUGAUCUGGCUCAGAGGCUGUCAGACUGCAGCUCACUGCCUCGAAAGAAACACUCUGUGGAUGAACGACGCUCUGCACUGAUCCACAAAAUGGCAACAAUGGCAGCUGUUAAACAUCUGCUUUUAGAAACUUUGAAUGAUUUGAGUGAUGAGGAGCUCAAGAAGUUUAAGAGGCUCCUGCAGACGAUCCUUCCUUGGAGGAAUCUGUCAUUCUUAUCAUAUAUAGACAGGUUGAGUCUCUCAUUAACCAGAGCAGAUAUAAUGAAUCUGAUGGUGGAUGAACUUGGUCAUCAGUCUGUGGAGGUGACCAGAGAAGUUUUCAUGCACAUGAACAGAACUGAUCUGGUGCAGAAGUUACCAGAGAGCAGCUCAGCAUCCAGAGAGAAACACUCUGUGGAUGAACAUGGAGCUGCACUGUUGAAGAGAGAAAAAGAACAGGAAGCUGUCAGACAGAUUCUCUUGGAAACACUGAAUGAAUUCAGUCAAAAGGAUCUAAAGAAAUUCAAGCAGUUGCUGCCGUUCACGUGCUUUAAGAUGAGCCUGCCACAAAUGGAGAGGUACUGGUAUCCAAACAGGACAGAAGACCUUGUGAAUCUGAUGGUGGAUAAACUUGGUCAUCAGUCUGUGGAGGCGACCAUGGAGGUUUUAACAGACAUGAACAGACCUGAUCUGAUGCUGAGGCUGUCAGAGAGCAGCUCAGGACGAAAAACUGAAAGAAGUUCAGAGCUUGAAGGUUGUCAGAGCCUGACGCAGGACUGCAGUGAUUGGACUAAUCUUGAACCUGAGGUGAACAGUACAGAUGCAGACGAGGCUCCAACUUACAGCCUUCAGUCUGCAGCAGGACACUUUGAAUGCAGAGUGUCGGGCUUGCGCUGGGUCUGUAAGGGAAAGACCAGCUUUCAGUACCAGUUUAGAUCUUGGGAGGGACACAUGGAGAGGAUGGAGAGCAGACAAUACAUGCCUGCAGGUCCUCUGAUGGACGUCACAGUCACUGCUGGGAAGUUAAAUGAAGUUCACCUGCCACACUGGAUCUGCAUCGCUGCAGGAUCCUCAGUGGGAGCAGCUGCUGUCAGCUCUCAGUCGGCUGGAAAGCAUUUUGUGGACAAACACAGAGUCCAGCUGAUCCAGAGAGUGAGCAACAUCGCACCCAUUUUGGAUGAGCUCCUAGACAAUGAAGUUAUCAACCAAGAAACUUAUACCAGAAUUAGAGCUCUGUCUACCACUCAGGAGAAGAUGAGGGAGCUCUACAGUGGUCCCCUGAAAGCUAGUGCAGCCUGCAAAGACAUCUAUGAGAUCUUCUAUGACAUCCUUUUGGCAAAUGAGAAAUUUCUCGUUAAAGAGCUCAGUGAAAAGGAUUAAAUGUGUUGGGGAAAAAAAAAACAGUUUUUAGACCAAAUAUAGAUCUACCUGUUAGCGCCAUUUAUAGUCAUUACAUGUUUUAUUUUGAAAGGCCUAAAAAGGAUAU